AUGCUCAAAGUGCCGCUGCAGCCACAUCAUAUCCCGUACAGACUCAACAAAGAUGGUAUUGAUAUCGGCGAAUGGAGUAUACAAGUCAGAAAAGGCCCCAUUGCGCCAAGUUCCGAACAGGACGAAGCAUCAGAAAAGUUGGGAUUCAAGCCUCCUGUCAUGUACUUCUCAAAGAAUGCCCUCCAAGUACUCCACAUUCCAACCAACUUGUCGGUCGUCUUUCUGCCCAUGGAGGCGUUGAAGCGCAUUGACAUCAGCUCCACAAGUGCUGAUGGGGUCAAGGUAGCCUAUGCUGAGAGCUGGACCAAGAAUAGUGCUGCUGCAAUGGAAGAAGUGACUGGUUUUGUAAAGCCUUACGACUGGACGUAUACGACUGACUAUACUGGCAGUCUCUAUUCUGGCAAAACGAAGCAGGCAUGGCAAGAAACAGAUCUAGAGAUCGAUAUAGAAAGGCUGAAAUUACCAGAACCCAUCUUGUUUUAUGACGAAGCUGUGUUAUACGAAGACGAGCUUGAUGAUAAUGGAACUGCUGUGUUGAGUAUAAGAGUGAGAGUCAUGCCGUCGUGCUUUCUGGUGUUACUGCGGUACUUUUUGAGAGUAGACAAUGUGAUAUUCCGAGUCAACGAUACACGACUGUAUCAUGAGUUUGGCCAGUCAUGUCUAAUACGAGAAUUCUCGAGUCGAGAAGCACCAUACGCAACAGUCAGGAAUAAACUACCAAAACCUGCUCCAUGGGAGCCAAAUAAGGAAGUCCAAGACUUGUCUCAUUUGACAGAUGCAAACUGGGUCGCAUCGGUAUUGCCCCCACCUAAAUUACAUAAACGAGAACGAGUUAUAAUACCGAAAACUGUCCAACCCGAAUCGCCGGACGAGGAUACGGUUUUGACAAUACCGGUGCCUUCUAUAGAGACCAUGGAUGCUGCCGAAGCUAAGGAAACAAAAUCUAGAGAAUCCUUGGCUGAAAGUGUAUCCAACUUGUCAUUGAAGCAUUAA